ACUGCUCCCACUGGUUCUGCGGACAUUGCGUCGUGGCGGUGUGGCUGCAUGGAUCUGUCCUUCGGCCAUCGGAUUGCUAUGUUUCUUGCCGCCCCAUAAUUCUGCUGGUACUUUCUGAAGUUGCUUCCCUGCUGUGUGAUGAACCAGAAAUCGCUCCUGUCGUGAACUGGAUCGAGCAGUACACUCCUGUCGUGAACUGGAUCGAGCAGUACACUCCUGUCGUGAACUUGAUCGAGCAGUACAAUGGCCGUUUUGCUGGAGUUACUCACAGUAUGAUUCAGGCAUACCUGCCAUGUCUUCUGGAUAAACGCUUCUACAUUAUUGAGUGCCUUGCUGUCUGGAUUACAUCGGUGGAAAUGGCACACAGGUUUCCACUUCGAUUUAUGAUUCAAAAAACAACUUAAGAAGCUGCCUGCAGUCAGUUCAAAGUUGCAUGGUCUUAAGCAUGCUAUCUACAUUGAGGAUGAACCUGUUGAGGCCACCACACUUAAACAACUGAAACACUUGACAACAUUGUCUUUUAAUGCGGCCAACUCUCAUGUCCGUGUUCCUGGAAAUUCAAGCUUAUUUCAUCGGAAAAGGCGGUUAUAGGAAUUCUGAUUCUCCAAUGCCCCGUGGAGAAGUUAUCAUUGGUGGUUACAGUAUAACAAACGGUUAUUUCAACAAUGAAGCAAAAACAGAUGAGGUGUAUAAGGUGGACGUGAGAGGAAUAUGCUGGUUUUACACUGGAGAUAUCGGCCAGCUCCGUCCUGAUGGAUGCAUUGAGAUCAUCGACAGGGAAAAAUACAUAUUUGAACCAGCUCUACAUACAAGCAAUUAUGUGGAUAGUAUCAUGGCCUAUGCUGAUCCAUUUCAUACUUACUGUGUUGCACUGGUAGUUUCACCACACCAGGCCUUGAAGAAGUGGGCUCAAAAUUCAGGGAUAAGCUACAAAGACAUUGAGCAGCUGUGUCAUAAUGAUCAAGCAAUUAAGGAGGUCCAGCAGUCUCUAUCAAAGUAUAGCUGGUCCCAAGUCCGGGUAAAGGAGGAGGGUUGUGAUAGGCUUGGCGACCCAACGUCAAAACUCAGCCAAACAUCAGUUAGUGGGCACAAAAGCAGAAAGGCUUGAGAAGUUCGAAAUACCUGCUAAGAUCGUCUUUUGCCUGAAUGUUGGACGAGUCUGGCUUGUGACUAAGAGGGAGAAGCUAAAGACUAAAUUUCAAGAUGAUCUGAAGAAGCUCGAUCACUGACCUGCA